GAAAGGAAAGAGAAGAAAAGAAAGAGAAAAGAAGUUUUUGAGCCCAAGAGGAUCCUAAACACGAGCCACAAUGACUGCACUGUUCAACUUCCAAUCACUCCUCCUAGUUAUUCUCCUAAUCAUUUGCACAAGUACUUAUGCGCACUCAAUAAUGCCCGGGAUUAUGGACCGAAACCAGAAUGGAUUCUUUGGAAUAUUUUGGAAAUGCGCCAGGGUUGGAGAACGGCUGAGUCCGUACGUGAGCUUAUGCUGUAUUGCCAUGGCUAUUUCCCUUUUCAUCGGCUCUUAGAAUGUCUUGCAAUUCCCUAGUCACACGUUCCACGAUGUCAAGCGGGUUCCAGCGUUGGGAGUCAUAACUCACUUCGAAGCGGUUUAUCUUACAUCAUUAUAAUGCACGAAGGACUAAACUAUUCUGACUGCAAGAUGUCUGAUGCAUGGGAUCCUUGGGCAUUCAAUUGGCCCGCUGCUAUACAAUGCGAUCCUCUCAUGUUCGGAUCAUAUAGCCAUCUUCGGAAGGGUUCCUCUCCUUGAUAAACGGCCCUGGCCCCCUGGGCUUUCCUAUCGCACGCGUUGGGAAUUGGCACCAAAAUCGUUUACUAUCUCCAGUGGCCCGUGGCAGCCGUUAUUCUUCGCUCGCCUAAAUGAAUUUCAGGGCAGGAAUGCACAUAACACGUGUCCAACCCAUACCAAGUCUUUCUCCCCGACCUAUUCUUGCGUCGCUGACCCCCAAAUCCUCAAACUCUCAUCUUUCGGACCUGUUGAGCUGUAGGGUAUACCUAUGCAUUCCUCCCCGAUCACCAACUUUAUAUCAUGGCUUGCAUCCAUAUCAUAUGAUUCCAUACUAGCAUUCCAUGGAUUUGGGACCUUUCAUUUUCUUUUUCUUUUUUAAUUCCUCCGCAUGCAAGAGGCGCAGGAGAACAUGUAGGCAAGGGUUUCUCAUGGUUAGGAUUGGCUGUAAAUACCAUAUUUCGUCGGUUUGUUUAGCAUGCUUUCCGUCAACUUGGUUUUGCAAUGUCUCUCAAGUUAUGAAAUUUGGGUGGCAGGGUCUGCUUGGAAGUUCCUUGCACAUGGAAGAUUGAUGACCUCGGGGAAAUAUAGGGCCAACAUGUGUGAAAACCGAUAGCAAAGUUACUACGAUAUGCAUAAAUGUUGCUCAUUACACAUAUCAUGAGUAAUGCCCUGUGGGGCAAGCUCUGUUGACGUUUAGCUCUUCAGUCAAGUGAGCUUGUUCAUCCAAAACAAGAUCUUCCACCAAA